UCCUCCCUUGUUUGGCAGUCAUGCAGUGUGGCAACAAGUGUUUGUGUUCCCCCCACGGAGAGAGAUUAGUCGGAGAAAGCUGAAGAAGAGGAGGGUUACCCAAGAGAAAGACAUUACCCAAAUAGACCAACAGGGGACCAAAGAGCAGAGAGCCAGAGACGAAGAGAAGUAGAAGAAGUCACAGCUUCAAUAACAAAGACAGUAAUAACCAGACCUCCUCCUACGCUGGAGCAGAGAGAGCAAAUUGUGGUCACAGUACCCAGUGUGCAUGGCAGCACUAUGGGCAGGAAGGACAACGAUUGUAAUUCUUGGAGAGACGGUGGUGACCUCAAAACAGAAGCUGACAGAAAGCUGACGGGAAGCUUCAGUCAGCUCACACUCUGCAGCACCUCCCCAGAAAUCGGAAACUCGUCUGAUGACAACUCACCGCCGCUUGAAUCUGCUUUUCUUGGUGACAAUGCUGUCAACGCAGGAGGUGAUGAUGGAGUAAAGAGGAGUCACAAGGGAAAGAGCUGUGAGGACGAUGAAGAGGGCCACCUGGUCUAUCACACUGGCUUCGUGAUGAAAGAAAGAUAUGAGGUGGUACUGACACUCGGAGUAGGAGCCUAUGGAAAAGUGGUGGAGUGUAUUGACAGAGACAAAGGGGAGCAUGUAGCUGUGAAGAUUGUGAAGAACAUUGACUGUUUCCGUGAAAUAGCGAGGUCUGAGAUUGCAGUGCUGCAGGAGAUCAACAGUCUGGAUGAUGACAACAGAUUCGCCUGUGUGAGGAUGAUGGACUGGUUCGAUCAUGAAGGUCACAUCUGCAUUGUAUUUGAGCUGCUCGGCCUCAGCAUUUAUGAGUUCCUCCGACAGAACAAUUUCCUGCCGUUCAGUGUGGAGCAGAUCAGACACAUGGCUUUUCAGAUCUUCAGAGCCGUCUGCUUCCUGCAUCGUAACAAGCUGACGCACACAGACCUGAAGCCAGAGAACAUCCUAUUUGUCUGCUCUGACUACAACCUGGAAUACAAUGAUGAGACGCAAGGGUGUAAGAAGAGGAAACUGAGGAGUCUGGAUGUGAAGGUGGUGGAUUUUGGCACUGCCACAUUUGAUCACCAACACCAUGAAUCCCUGGUGUCAACACGUCACUACCGAGCUCCAGAGGUCAUACUGGAUCUGGGCUGGAACCAGUCGUGUGACGUUUGGAGUCUGGGCUGCGUUCUCAUGGAGUUUUAUCUGGGACGUACACUCUUCAUGACCCAUGACAGUAAAGAACAUUUGGCAAUGAUGGAGAAAGUCCUGGGACCGAUUCCCCCCCACCUGCUGAAACAGACCAGAAAGCAGCAUUAUGUCCACAACGAGCGUCUGAACUGGGAUGAGCAGAGCUCAUCCGAUGAGUACGUCAGGAAACACUGUAAACCUCUAAAGAAGUACAUGCGGAGGAAGACCGACGAAGAGAGGCAGUUCUUCGAUCUGCUCAGCUGCAUGUUGGAGUACGACGUCUGCAGACGGAUCACCCUGGAGGAGGCGCUGUGGCACCCGUUCUUCAGCCCGAUGAGGGUGCAGAAGCAGCAGUGCAGCUAGCACACACACACACACAUGCAAAAACUCAUCUACCUCAGGUUGCAAUUUCAGUGUUGGGAUUACUGUUUAAGUUUGUUGUUUUGAGUUUGGAUGAUUUUCAGUUUCCUUUACAGUCGCAACAGUUUCAGAGAGCAUUCCUGUCUUUUAUUAUCCACCAGUACACAGUUUGUUGUAAAAAGCCAAGUGUGAUGUUUUCCUUCAUUGAUUCUUUGUACUAAGCAAUAUUACAUCAGAGGGUGCGUUGUGACAUCAUUAUUGGCACGACAGUGAUGCAGUCAUGCACAUUAUAAAUGUCUAGCUGACCAAUCAGAUUGCUUGGUCGCAUCUACUUGUUCUAUAAUAAAUGUUUUGCAUUUUGA